AUGUUGUUUCUGUUGAAACCUAUUUUAAUGUUAAAACUACAGAUGUGCUUGUUAUUAUUUAUAAGGGUAGGAGGACAGGAUGUUGAAGGACCUGCUCAGGACGCCCUGGUUAUGCGCUCCGAUGAUUUUACUUCUGCAGAGCUCCCUAUGGAGCACAGGGAGGGUGAGCUAGAGCUUCCUGAUGUAUUUUCUAUUCCUAGAUCGGUGAGCGCGGAACUAGAGGUGGAUCUAUUCUUCUCUUUGUUCUUUGUGUUUCUCAACAACGACUGGAAGGAGUACAAGGGGGAGGCCAUGCUGCUGGCCCCAGCAGGGUUACACAGCUCCGAGGCCACCAGAUGGUUGGAGAAAGAGGAAAAGUUGACAGAGGAGUUGCUUCUCAGUCACAUCAUCCUGGGGGAGAGAAUCAGGCCGGAGCUCCUGGUACAAGAUCAAACUAGGACGACAUUAGGAGGAAUGAAUGUCGUCUUCACACUCAGUGAUAAUGGUGAUGUGCUUGUAAAUGGUGUUAGAGUACUAGCAAUGCAGAAUCAUGAGAAUAUUCUAAUAAUUGCUCUGGACGACUACCUCUUCAAAAAAGAAGUGACUGCUGAGCUGAAAGAAUUGAGUAAAGCCAGUUAUGAAAUGUCGUCUUCUGAGUUGAAUGUUCCUCGAGAAAUGAUGGAAGGUGUUGAGGUCUUUAAUGAACCUUCGGGUAUAGAGUACCCAACCAUAGAAAACCCAGACAAUGCAGAUUCUUCCAUAGACAACAUAGACACAGAUUAUUCAGCUAUCAUAGAGUACCCAACCAUAGACAACUCUGCAGCAGAUAAUCUAAAAAUUACUCUACCAGAACCAUCUCCAAGAAACGUAGAGAAGAACUGUACUGAGAUUAGGAAUACGUCUGAGAACUCUAUAUUUGAGACAAUAAGGAUUUGUAAUGAGAUAGUUCCACAGUUAAAGAAUAUAAGUUCUGAGGAUGAAAAAGAUGGACGAUCAUCUCCUGAAUUUUUACCCCAGAUUAUCAACCAAUCUGCUCACAUACAGCUGAAUAUUAUUGAGCAGAUUGAACAAAUGUCGUCUUUCUUUCGUGGACCUUCAAUAACUGAAUUCAUUACAUUUGCCCGGCAGAUGAAUAUUUCUGAAAAUCUACCGAACGAUCAGGCCUUUACAAUAUUUGUUCCUUUAAACGAAGCUUUCAGGGAUUGGACACCAAUAGACUGGGGAUUUAAUCCCUUCAAUGCUGAAGAUUUUGUUAAUGAGACCUUGUACAAUCAUAUUGUACAAGGGUACAUAGAUCUACAUAAUAUAGAAGAUGGCACAGAGUUGGAAACCUUGGGCGGUGAAAUUAUUAAAGUAUCAGUUAACCCUGAAUCCACAUUUGUAAACAGUGUGGCGACUCUAGGAGAGAUGGAUCUUCUGCGAGGAAAGGUCGUCUUUAUUGAGCACGUUCUUUUCCUAGAUGAUGACAAAUUAGAAGAGUUAAUCCAAGAAUAUGGAUAUCUAGAGUCUGGACCUCUCAUUACAUAUCCAUGGUUCAAAUCACAGUUUCUCUCUCAUGCAGUUAGGAUUUUGGAGGAUUUGCCAGGAUUCUCCAGUAUGUACGAGUACAUGAACAUGACACAGGAGUUAGGCGAUUACGCAAACACGCUAUAUGCUGAAGACAAGAAGAACGGUUUUACUCUUCUAGCUCCUAGAGAUGAUGCAUUUUGGAAAAUAUCCCUUGCUGAUCCUUCCAUCCCAGAUCCUUUUAUACAGAAUCCAGAUUUCCGACUGCAAAUGCUUCUGGGUCAUCUUGUACCUCAUCGUUAUCUCAAACCAGAACUUUAUCAAACAGAAUCAAUUCAGACUCAAGCAAACACUACUCUCUCAGUUUCUACGAAUAGUUCAGGACUUACUUUGUUUGACGGUGAGGUUUACAGUGUAGUGCUAGGAGAUCCUCUUUACGUUUAUAAUUUGGGAGUUAUUAUUCCAAUUGAUAGUGUCCUGUUUGUUUCUAUGUCUGAUAUCCUAUCUGAGCUCGAGUUAUUCAAUGCAGAAUCUGAAGAAGGACUUGCGGAAAGUAAAGCGAUUACGGAAACUAACGAAACUACGGAACCUACAGACUUUGAAACAGCAGAAACGGUGACGGAAUCUCUUCCUGAUGUAAUUAUGGACAUUCUUGCUGAAGACUUUAUGGCUGUGACAAGUAAUUCUGAAACCACACCAUCGCCAUUACAUUCUAUUCUAGAGGAUUCUACCGAGUUCAUGGAGCCCAAGGAAAAGGAGGUGAGGAGGAUUGAUUAUGUUCUGACCUAUCCUACAAAACAUUUUCUUCGAAACGAGGACAAAUAUUAUUCUCCAGUUCAAGAAUCGGCGAACGACAAAAUUGAAAGUUUCCAACAAAAUUCUGAAAAGAGUGUCAAGAAAACCAAAGUUUACUAUGUUAACAAUACUCGGAUUGAAAUCGAAAUAUAAGUUUUAAUAUAUGA